ACAACAUUGUUGUUUUUGUGCGCGACUCAUCUCGUUAUCUCUCAUAAUCGUUGUAAAUUGUUAAUUUCGUGUUGUAAAAAAACAAUAAUAAUGUGUGCUAAAAGUAAAAUAAUUUGUUAAAUUUGACAACAAAACGGACGCGAUGUGAGCAUUUGGGUUUAAUUAAUCUCUAGGCAGUUUGGACCACACGCAAAGAGAGGGCGUCAACAAAGGGCGAAACAGUGCAGGAAGAAGAAGAGUGGAAUAUUCAACGUCGUUCUUUCUCAUACAUACAAACUAAGCAAACAAACAAAUACAUAGAUAUUCAUUUUCACUAUAGUUAGUGGUAUAAAUAGUGAACGAAACCAGCCAUGAGUAACCACAGAUAUCACGGCGGCGGCAGUUACAUGCACCCGAGAAUGUAUCCACAUCAUUUUACAUACGUUUCCAGCUGUGUGAAAUAUUUGAUCUUUUUGCUGAACUUUUUGUUCUGGCUGUUUGGAGGUCUCUUGAUGGCCAUUGGUAUCUAUGCGUUCAUGGACAAGCUUAAGGAUGGAAAUGGAUGGGUUCGGCUUGAGACAAUCUACGAUGUCAUCUUUAACAUAUCCCUAGUUAUGAUCAUCGCAGGCAUUGUGAUAUUUGUGGUCAGCUUUGCGGGUUGCCUGGGCGCUCUAAGGGAGAACACUUGUUUGCUCAAAUUCUACUCGAUGUGCCUGCUAGUCUUCUUUCUUAUGGAAAUGGCCAUAGCCAUCAUUUGCUUUGUCUUCCCUCAAAACAUGAAUUCAUUCCUGGAGCUGCAGUUUACGGACAAGAUUAUACAUUCCUAUCGCGACGACUCGGAUCUUCAGAAUUUCAUCGAUUUUGCACAGCAGGAGUUCAAGUGCUGUGGCCUCAGCAAUGCAGGUUAUCAGGAUUGGAGCAAAAAUGAAUAUUUCAACUGUUCUUCGCCGUCGGUAGAGAAGUGUGGCGUGCCCUACAGUUGCUGCAUAAAUGCUACGGACAUAAGCUCUGGCCUAGUCAACAUUAUGUGCGGCUAUGGAGUGCAAGAGCAUUCGGUGGCGGCGGCCAGCAAACGCAUAUGGACUAGCGGCUGCAUUGAGAUCGUGCGAGUUUGGGCCGAACGCAAUCUGUAUGUGAUCGCUGGCGUUGCUUUAGGUAUUGCGCUAUUGCAGUUGUUUGUUAUUUAUUUGGCCAAGACUCUGGAGGGUCAAAUUGAAAUGCAAAAGUCGCGCUGGUCGUGAGUGCCAUAGCACCCGGUCUUUUACGGGUAUCCAUUCGAUGAUUUCUACUACUACGACACCCAAAUGUAAACGAUGCGACUUGCGACUUGGUUGUGUUGUUAGCCAAGUUAAAUAUCUCUAUAUCUUUGUCAAGUUAAUCUGGUCCGCGCAGUGCUCAAACAAAUUUCACAACACUUUUAUCAAUUAGUAUUAACCAAAUACGGUCGAGGAAACACACUCGACUGUUUGCAUUUCAUGAAUACUCUUCUUGCCUUUUGAUAAUUUCGAAUUUCAGUAUUCCUCUUUAUUCUCGACCAUUUCUUCCGCUCUGAAUACUAGUUGUAGUCCUUAUACAUCUAUACUCAAAUAAUCAUAGACAUUAUUAUUGUAUUAAAAAAAUGCCACAUUUACAAAAAGAGCAUUGCCAAUUUAAAGCAUGUUUUGUGUGUAAGUAUUUUAAAGGCUUAUGGAGCAUAGACAAAAUUUGAAAUGAACAAAAAAAUAUAAGAAAUUUGAUGUAUUUAUAUGUAUGCAAUAACAUUGUGUUUUUUACAUGACGUACGAAUAAAAGACAUAAUGUACAUAGUUAUUAAGCAAAACGACGUGUAUGCAUUUAAAAUGGUAAUUUUAAUUUUAAAUAUAUAUCAAACAAUACCAAAAUUGCAUGCGCAUUUAUAAUAAAAAAAAAAAAUGAUAUUGUGGUAGUACUUAUAAUUAAUAAAAACCCCUCUGGUAGAUCAUCACCAAAAUACUCUUGUCUAAAAAAGUAUGAAAUAAAUACAGAUAUAUUAAACCUA